AUGACAGGAAUGGAUCCAUUGACAACAUAUAAGAGAUCUAUUCAAGAACGACUGGAUGCAGCAGAUGUGUUGGUAUCUAAGUUAACAUUAGAGAAUAGUCUAUUAAAUACUGCCGUAGAUACUCACAAGCAGGAAGUGCAAUCACUGAAGAAACAAGUCAAGACUUUGAACGAGCAAUUGGAUGGAUCAAAAACAUCGAAUGAAAAACAAAAGGAAACCUUAGAGGUUAUAAAAGAUUUAUUCGAACAUCUUUGUGAAGUAAGAGUUCAUAAAUCUUAUGAAGAUGAUACUGGAUUAUGGUUUGAUAUAUCCCAAGGUUCAGAUAUUGGUAUAAUGGAUUAUAAAUUAGGGUUUGUUAAGGGAGAAAGCGAUAAUUCAGAUACUGAUGUUAUAUAUGUACCAUUAUUGAAACAACGGACAGUAGAGGAACUUCGAAUAUUACAAGAUCAAUUACCUAGUUAUAUGUUUGAUACACUUAGUUUUCCACUGAAAUCAUUAAAUCAAUUUUAUACCAAGAUGGCUAAAUGUUUAAACAAGAAAAAGGUAUGA